AUGUCGACAACGGUCCGUCGAACAGUCGAAGAUGCAGACCUCAUAAUGUUCAGGAACUACGCCGGGUAUGUCGAGACCCGGAUGGAGGAUAGUUGGAGGCCUGACGACGAGGCUGAGGAGUCUCUACAAGAUAGUGUAGAGGAGCCUCUCAUAGGAAAGCAAGCUGCUGAGCAGGUCGGUAGCUUCGUAACAUCCCGACACCGUACGAGCAGCACUUCAGUGGGCGUUGCCAUCCUUAAGGCCAACCUAGGGUCGGGCAUCCUCUAUCUCCCUAGAGCAUGGGUGAACGGAGGAUGGCUCUUCUCUACUCUCGUUCUACCUAUACUGGCCUUUAUGGCGGCUACUUGCUCCUUGAGAUUAGUGGCGUGCCGUCGAGUCGUUCGACAAGGCAGCUAUGGAGAGAUCAUGCAAAAGGCAACAGGGUCCACUUCGGGGAAAUGCUUCAUCGAUCUUUCUCUAUUGGCACUACAAUCGGGCAUCUGCACCGGCUAUUUCGUUUUCGUAGCCAACAUGGCCUCAGACAUUAGCCCAUGGAUAGCCUCUCUAUCCUUCUCUACUAAAGUGAACUUUCCCACCUAUCGAUUUCCGAUAGAGUCAUCUCAACAGGUCUUCAUCCAAGCGGUAGUCAUCGCUCCGCUAUGCUGGUUCCGUCAGGUGUCGAAUCUCUCCUUCACCAACCUUCUCGCUAACGUAGGAUGCCCUAUCCUCGUUAUCAUCAUACACAGUGUGUAUUACACACAGUUCUGCUCAGAUCCUUAUUGUAUGCAGCCUCUGUGGCCUCAUCGGCUUCAUCGUAACAGGCGGCCAUGGAGCGUCCCUAUCUCCAACGAGGCCUCGGACCUAUCCCCAUACGUUUUCGAGGGUAUUGGUUUGAUCCUUCCGACCUACGACUCCAUGAGAGAGCCUCACAAGUUCGAUAAAGUCUUCACUCAGGCAUUCACCAUCACAACAGCAUCCUUCCUCUUUAUAGGCAUCGCAGGUUAUAUCGGGUUCGGUCCUGACACGCAGACUAUCGUAUUAUCCAACUUGCCAGAAGGUAGCCUUCUCACCAUCGCUGUGAAGGCUAUGUAUACAAUCGCCGUUUUCAUCACUAUGCCCUUCCAAUUACUCCCCGCCGUUCGCCUUGUGGAAUACUAUUCAGGGCUCUUCCCAAAACAGCGCCACGUCUCUUUCCGGCGGAAGAUGGCGAAGAAUAUCUUCAGGCUGAGCUAUCUCUUCUUCCUAGCAGGCAUAGCCUUAAUAGCAGGUCGAGACUUGGAUCACUUCAUAUCCUUGAUCGGCUCUAUGUGUGGCCUUCCACUGGUCUUCAUCGCCCCUCCUAUAUGCCACAUGAAGCUCAUAGGAGACACCACGAAGAGUGACGCAUGUAUCCUCAUCUUUGGCCUUCUCGUCAUGGUCAGCGCCACAGUAUCGAACAUAAUCAAUUUUGGUACUCAUUGA